ACGGGAGACGUGUGGCGUAACAAAAUGAUUGAAAAAAAAUAUUGAAAAAAAUUACGUGGCAUUUGUAAAUUUUUAGGAUUAUAACGAAAAUGAAAUACGGACUAUGUUUUAUUUUUAUAUUAUUUACAAUCAUUAAUGAGUGCUCGUGUGUAAAUUCAACGGAUCAAUGUCCAAAUAUUAAGACAUCGUUAGGAUCUAUACGAAAGAGGAGACAUUUGACUUUUCCUGAUGGAAGUGACGUAGUUCUCACGAUCUCAUUGGUUAAGGCUUUCAUGACUCACGCACCGGCGGGUUGGAACAUUGCUCUGGAAAUUGAUGUCAUAUUUCCUCUGCCCGAUGCCAAGUUCACGAACGCUCAUUUUAGGAAGAAAUUGCAUCAUCGCCAAAAAAGAGAAUUCUGGGAAAGACUUCAAAAUGCUAUAGAUUAUCACAAUUUAAACGGUCGUGCAUGUGUUUUAAGAAGUAUUUGCGAAGCCAAAUCUCAUCUUGCUCCACCGGGAAAGUCGUUAGUCCACGAUCUCCUCAGAGCUAUUUUUACAGCUCCGAUCCAUGAGGAAGAUUUUACAAAUGAAGUGGCGGAUACAUACAGUGAAAUAUUAGAUCCGAGUUUCUGUGAUCAAAUCAAUGACUGUCCGUUCUCUCUUCUACAUUUUACUUUAUCGAUGAACAGACAGAAAUUUUAAAUUGAAUCUGU